GCCUGAGACACCCGUUGAUUGUGAGUACGUUUUCACAAUCGAAUUGACACCGGGGCAGUACGAGGUGGGAGGGAGAAUGAUUAAAUCCCAAAUAAAUAGUCUAGGAUAUCCUCGGAGAAAACCUACUAGAUAAAUCAAAGAGUGAGUUCAAUCGUCAUUCGCCCGUUGGUACAAAGAGAGAGACAUCUAUGGGAUGGCCACGGCAGCACAGUACAACCGUUUUCUCCUUCAUUUCUCUAUACAUUGGAAGAAACAAGAGGGACGCAACUUGCAAUGGCCGAGUUGGAAUUAUGGCAAUGACCAAUAGUUUGAAAUCAGAGAAUAGAUGAAUGAAACAGAGAAGGUUCAAAUCAGAGAAUAGCAUAAUGACACGGAGAAGGAGAAAUCAGAGCGUGUGGGACCAAAACAAAGAAGAUAUUAUAUUUUAGGUCACGCAUUGCUUUGACUCCCAAAGCACAACGGGAAAGAGCACCGCGCACGGGCACGGGCACCGGGAUUGCAGUUGAGCAUUUGAUUUGAGCUGCCGCCUUGCACAGCAUGGAGAGAAAGAAACCUCUGCCCACUGGGCACAGACGUCAAUUCAAUGUCUAUUCCAAGUUGGUUCAAAUGGAAGAUGAUAAAGCGACUACUUGGGGGUAAAUAAUCAACAAUACUCGGCGGAAAGGUCCCUUCCCCGAGCGCAGGUGGAUCCAGCUAAGCGGUGGAACAGGGUUUUUGGACGAGGACAGGAGCAACAACGCACCACAAUAACCUCUGAACUACCAGUCUGCUACACCGUCAAAAUAAUAGGCCUAGCCAUUCAUUCCUAGAUCUGCUUCUUGGUGUCCAUAUGAUGCUAAAUCGCUUCACAAACUGGAUGUGUAUCAGAACUUCAGUAUGGUGAAAAUUGAAUAAUCCAAGGGAUGUGGCCACUGUAGAACGGACAUUGAAUGGGCGCGCAACGCACAAAUCAAUUUGCACUAUAGGAGUGUAACCCUACUCAAAUUAUUAUUUUGUUGGCUUUCCAAGCUUGCUUUUGUUGGAAUAAUACCUAGUCUUCUCAUUUGGGCUAUUAUAGGUUGUAAGGAUGUCUGAAGCACUCGCCCCAGCCCAGGCGCUCUACAUCGGCAUGGAGGUGGUGAUUGCCGUCUUCUCCGUCCUGGGUAAUGUGAUGGUGGUCUGGGCGGUGAAAAUUAACAAGUCGUUGAGAGACACAACAUUCUGCUUCAUCGUUUCUCUGGCCCUGGCGGAUAUCGCAGUGGGAGCCCUCGUCAUCCCCUUGGCGAUAACUAUCAGCAUCGGACUCCAAACUCACUUCUACAGCUGCCUAAUGGUCGCGUGCACGGUGCUGGUACUGACGCAAAGUUCCAUCCUGGCCCUCCUGGCCAUUGCGAUUGACCGCUAUCUCAGGGUCAAGAUUCCAACCAGCUACAAGCGUGUGGUGACAAAGCAGCGAGCGGCCGUGGCGGUGGUGGUGUGUUGGACUGUGGCCUUCAUCGUGGGCUUGACCCCCAUGCUGGGCUGGAACAACCUUUGGAGGCUGCAGCAGAACGGUUCCCUGAACAAGGAUCUCAUCAUCACCUGUCAGUUUGAGAACGUAAUCAGCAUGGACUAUAUGGUCUACUUCAACUUCUUCGGCUGGGUGCUGCCUCCUUUACUCCUCAUGCUGGUCAUUUACACAGAGAUCUUCUACAUGAUCCACAAGCAACUCAACAAGAAGGCUUGCACCACCAACCACACCGAUCCCAACAAGUACUACAACAAGGAACUCAAACUGGCCAAGUCCCUGGCCCUGGUUCUCUUCCUGUUCGCCAUCAGCUGGCUUCCCCUCCACAUCAUCAACUGCAUCACAUUGUUCUGUCCGAACUGCGACAAACCCCUGUUCCUGAUCUACAUCGCUAUAUUACUCACGCACGGCAACUCAGCCGUCAACCCCAUCGUCUACGCCUUCCGCAUCAAGAAGUUCCGAGACGCUUUCCUGAAGAUCUGGAAGCAGUACUUCUGUUGUAAGGACGUACCCGCCAUCUUGAACCAGCCUAGUGAGAAGGAUAGGAAAGAGAACCAGAAUGGCAACGGAAACGGAAACGGGAAUCCUAAUCCGAACAGAGACUCACAGCCAGCUCUAUCGCCACCACAAGAAGGGCUGCAGCCUUCACUAGAGCAGAUGCAGGAGGUCAAGCCCCAACGGCCACAGUCUCACAAUGAUGACCCAACACAGUAGAAACCCCCAAUGGAGCUCAACAAUAUCUAACUAAUCCCGGAAACAGAAGGGAGUUUCUACAUUGAUGUGUCAGAAACCCUAUGAGUUUCUAUGUCUUGGGAGAUGAGUAGAGGUUGUUUAACAGGAGUCAGAGGCAUCCUCAUAGUCAUUCUGAAUGUAUAGCUAGCUACCAAUGGAGGAGUAUGACAUGGUGAAAGAAAAGUUUAACCAGUUUACUUUUUGUACCUUGCACCUGAAAGUCAUUGGAUGUGUUGUGUGUAAACCUUUUUUUGAAUGGGAGUGUGGCAUGUUACCUACUGAAUGGAAGGAUUCAGGAGCAGAGUUUGGCGACUUGCAGGACUUGUAAAGAUAUCUUACAGACUGUGAAAUCACAUUUUAACAGGCGGAGGUGUAUUUGAGUUUGAGGCAGAGGAAAAAACAUUGAAAAGGAGUAUCAGGGUUUAUACUGUAAAAACAUUGAAAAGGUGUAUUAGGGUUUAUACGGUAAAAACAUUGAAAAUGAGUAUUAGGGUUUCUACGGUAAAAACAUUGAAAAGGAGUAUUAGGGUUUCUACGGUAAAAACAUUGAAAAGGAGUAUUAGGGUUUACACGGUAAAAACAUUGAAAAGGAGUAUUAGGGUUUAUACUGUAAAAACAUUGAAAAGGAGUAUUAGGGUUUAUACGGUAAAAACAUUGAAAAGGAGUAUUAGGGUUUAUACGGUAAAAACAUUGAAAGGGAGUAUUAGGGUUUAUACGGUAAAAACAU